CCCCAUUUGAAUCCCAACAAGAACUACCAUUGUUAAUCUCUCUCUACUCUCUCUCUCUCUAAAUCUCACUCAAUCAUCCACACACACACACACAUACACAUUUCUCACCUGGUUGAGAGAGUGGGCAAGAAGCUGCCAUUGUUGUUGGAGGAGAAGAAUGAAGGUGAUAGAGAAGAUCCGGUCGGCGGGGGAGGACAAGGUGGUGUUCUCGUUCGAAUUCUUUCCGCCCAAGACGGACGAUGGAGUCGACAACCUCUUCGAGAGGAUGGAGCGGAUGGUGGCGCACAAUCCUUCCUUCUGUGAUAUUACUUGGGGCGCCGGUGGCUCCACCGCCGAUCUGACACUGGAUAUCGCCAAGCGGAUGCAGAACAUGGUUUGUGUGGAGACCAUGAUGCAUCUCACCUGCACCAACAUGCCCGUCGAUAAGAUCGACCAUGCCCUAGACACCAUCAAGACCAAUGGAAUCCAGAACGUCCUUGCUCUCCGUGGUGACCCUCCUCACGGCCAGGACAAGUUCGUCCAGAUCCAGGGCGGAUUUGCCUGUGCUUUGGACCUGGUGAAGCAUAUUAAGGCCAAGUAUGGUGACUACUUUGGCAUAACUGUUGCUGGGUAUCCAGAGGCACAUCCUGAUGUCAUUGAAAGUAAUGGUUUGGCUACACCAGAAGGAUAUCAGAAUGAUCUUGCUUAUUUGAAGAGAAAGGUUGAUGCUGGAGCUGAUCUUAUUGUCACUCAACUUUUCUAUGAUACUGAUAUUUUCCUGAAAUUUGUAAAUGAUUGCCGUCAAAUUGGAAUAAAUUGUCCUAUUGUUCCAGGCAUCAUGCCCAUUAAUAAUUAUAAGGGCUUCAUUCGCAUGACUGGUUUUUGCAAAACUAAGAUACCAUCUGAGAUCACCGCUGCUUUGGAGCCUAUCAAAGACAACGAAGAAGCUGUCAGAGCCUAUGGAGUUCACCUUGGAACUGAAAUGUGCAAGAAGAUUAUGGCUAGCGGGAUUAAGACAUUGCAUCUAUAUACACUAAACAUGGAAAAAUCAGCGUUGGCAAUUCUAAUGAAUCUUGGACUGAUUGAAGAGUCCAAAAUUGCGAGGCCCUUACCCUGGAGGCGCCCUACAAAUGUUUUUCGUGUUAAAGAAGACGUUCGGCCAAUAUUCUGGGCUAAUCGUCCGAAAAGCUACAUAUCAAGGACUAUUGGUUGGGACCAUUACCCACAUGGGCGAUGGGGUGAUUCUCGUAAUGCAUCUUAUGGAGGACUGACUGACCAUCAGUUUAUGCGACCACGUGCACGUGAUAAGAAACUUCAUGAAGAAUGGGCUGUCCCUUUGAAAAACAUCGACGAUGUUCAUGAGAGAUUUAUGAAAUUCUGCCUCGGGAAACUGAGAACCAGUCCAUGGUCGGAAUUAGAUGGGCUUCAGCCAGAGACAAAGAUCAUUAAUGAACAGCUUGGAAAUAUUAACUUGAAGGGUUUCCUAACUAUCAAUAGCCAACCAUCAGUUAAUGGAGCAAAAUCUGACUCCCCAUCAUUUGGAUGGGGUGGACCGGGUGGGUAUGUUUAUCAGAAGGCCUACCUAGAAUUUUUCUGCUCCAAGGAGAAGUUGAAUGCUCUCAUUGAGAAAUGCAAAGCUUUCCCAUCCCUAACCUACAUUGCUGUGAAUAAAGAAGGGAGCUUGUUGUCUAACAUCAGCGAAACUGACGUGAAUGCGGUCACAUGGGGAGCCUUCCCAGCAAAGGAGAUCAUCCAGCCUACUGUCGUGGAUCCUGCCAGCUUUGUGGUGUGGAAGGAUGAGGCAUUUGAAGUCUGGUCAAGAGGAUGGGCUCAACUAUACGCAGAAGCGGACCCUUCCAGGAAACUGCUUUUAGAGGUCCAGAGCAGUUAUUUCUUGGUCAGCUUGGUAGAUAACGAUUACAUCAAUGGCGAUUUGUUUGCAGUUUUCAAAGAUUUCUGAAAUUAGCGGCUUUUACCCGUUAUCUUGAUCUUUCUUGAAGCCCCGCAAAAGCCGCCAUUGGCUAUGAAAUAUUAUGAUUAUUGCCACUGAUACUGGUGGACUAUACCCUUAUUGUCAUGUAACAUCAUUAUUCCUUGGGAUUUUAUGUUCCCUCUCGCCUUCACGGUGCAAAUUGCAUACGAGAUGGCAGGUGAUUUACUUUCAAAAAUGAUAAUUUCUUUUGUUGUUCUGAAUAAUUAUUGUUUGAAUUUUACAAGUGAGUUGAUGCGUUGUGUAACAGCUAAUUUUGCAAUAUUACAUUCUUUACCCUUAAA